UCUUACUGGUAUUUAGUGUUUUGUCUGAAGAAAACGUUCCACGUUUGUGUUACUCAAUUUUGUUAAUAUGAAGUAUUGUUUCGUUAUAUGUUGCAGUCUAUUGUUUAUUGUUGGACUAUCUUCGGAACGGGAACAUCAAGACAAGAACCCAGACUUUUCAAAAUCACUGUCUGCUAUUUCAAAGAAAAAGGAAAAUCAUAGCAAAAACCCAGACUCUUUACAAUCCCUGCUUGGUAUUUCAAAGAAAAAGAAAAAGUUUCCCAAAGAAAAAGUUAUUGAAAUCGCUAAUAAACAUCUCCAGACGGACGAAGGAUUCAAAGCCGCUGUUAAUUACUUGAAAAGUGUAGAGUGGAGAAAUCUUACAGAAACGAUAAGGAAGAAACCAGAGUGGGUAUCACUAAAAGACUAUAUAAAAAAAUUCGGUAUUUCAAUCGAUACCAUAGUUAAGCACGUUGACAAGUAUUUGCAGACUGUUACAGUAAGAAAUUUAGACGAAAAUACUCCGAGAAACUUAACUUCUUUCUUAUUGGAAGCUGGUGAUGUUCUUCCUCGUGGUUACUUUCUGAAGCUAUUAUUCAAAGAACUAAUAAAGAUUCCGAUAGUCCCACUAAUAAUACAACUAAAGAGUCCUGAAAUAAAGUUAAAAUUUGAUGUUGCCCUUGAUAUUCCAGAGGUUCAUACAGUUCUUGUUGAAUUGAAGAAAAUGGGAGCUCCUUUGGACGUGAUAAUUGGGAUGAUUUACUUCUUCUUAGGUUGGGAACAGUUUGGACUAUAAUUUUUAGAGGUUCGUACAGUUUUGGUUGAACUAAAGAAGAUGGGAGCUCCUUUGGACGUGAUAAUUGGGUUGAUUUACUUCUUCUUAGGUUGGGGAGAGUUUACAAUAUAAUUUUGAGGUAGG